GCAAUAUUUGAGACCUUCUCAGCAUUCGAUCAUAAUUCUCGCUUUAUUUCUACACCCAUCUUUUGCAUCUUGCCUCCCAUCUCAGGCGCUGGGAAGACGACUCUCAUAAACUACAUCCUCACCGCCGCACAUGGAAAGCGAAUAGCAGUCAUUCUGAAUGAUUUUGGCGAGGGCUCGGCUGUUGAAUCGACUGUUUCCCUCAGGGAACACACAGAUGACCUCUUUGAGGAGUGGAUUGAGUUGCGUAACGGCUGUCUGUGCUGUUCACUCAAGGAUCCCGGCGUGAAAGCCAUCGAAAAUCUGAUGCAGAAGCGUGGUCGUUUUGAUUACAUCAUGCUGGAGACCACAGGCCUUGCUGACCCCGGCCCCAUUGCUGCUCUCUUUUGGAUGGACGAAAGCCUCUGUAGUAAAAUUGCCCUCGAUGGUGUAGUAACUCUGCUGGAUGCAAAGUACUGUCUAGGUGUGUUGAAUGCCCAUGCGGACGAAGAAACAGUCAACGUCUGUGAGAGGCAAAUUGCCCUCGCUGAUGUGCUGAUUCUUAACAAAGUGGACCUCGUCGGAGAACCCGAAAAACGCGCAGUUCUCGAUGCAAUCAGGCCUUGCUGUUUCUUCAUUUUCUUCCACAGUGUUGAUCUUUCGGCGAUUCUCGACCUGAACCUCUAUUCAUCCAGUAGGUCCCUUGAGAGUUUAAAGGCAGCCUUCAUUCCCGACAAACCGCACCUAGACCAUUCGAUAACCACCGUGACUAUAGAGCUCGUUACUCCCCUUGACCGGACUAAAUUUGAGAAUUUUUUCGAAGGCCUUAUCUGGGAGAAAAGGCUGGAUGUUGGUGGGGAUACCGCGGUGGAGGUAAUGCGGGCCAAGGCAAUUUGCCUUCUUCAGGCACUUCUUUUUCAUGCCAUCUGGUACACCGAAUUAGGCUUAUUCAACCCCAAUGUCCAAGCUCCGCUUUCUGAAUUUUCGCAGGGAGUUAUACAGUUUGUGGGGGAAGAAAGACCCUGUUCUCUGCAGUGUGUCAACGAACUCUAUGAUAUCUUCAGCCUUUCUUCAGCAGCCGCUGCAAAGCUUGGACCAGUCGGGGUUCGCCUCAUUUUCAUUGGUACGUCAGUAUUGCAGAGCGAAGUUACAUUCUUAUUUCAAAAUAGACAAAAUUGUACAUAUAAAAGGCUAUUAAAAACCCUCGGAGCCUCCAUUUGUCGGAACCUUGAGCGCGAUUUAAUUCGGAAGAAACUUGAAGAAUGCCAGCCCUUGUAA